AUGAGUAAAGGGAAAUAUGUAGAGAUAAAAUGUUAAAAUAGUGAGCAUGACUAUAACAUUAAAAUGAUAUGCUUAAAUGAAUUUUGUAAAGAUAUCAGAUUGUUUUGUAUGAAAUGUGUUUAAAAUAAAUUUCAUCAUUCUCAUUUAGAAUCAUGGAUUGACAUGCCUCAAUUAUAUGAACAACUAAGUAAUCAAGAGUAGGAAUGUCUGAAACUCUUGGAUAAUAUUUCAGAGUAAUUUGAGUCAAUCAUUCACUCAUUCGAAAAAUUGAAAGAAGGGAUUAAAUUAAAAUAUAUAGUAAACAAAGAAAGAUUAGGAAGAUUGAAUGUGCAAUAACUAAAUGUAGCAGUUGGUGAAAUGAUAUAAUUCUAAGAAUAUAAAUAAUAAGCUCAGUAUUCUAUAUCUAGCUGCCUCAAAACUUUGUAAAAUGAUUUAACUAAGUUUAUUGUUAAGUUGAGAAUAGAAGAUUUGAAUUAUUGCACACAAAAUGAAAACAAUAACAAAGAGUCAUUAAAUGGAAAUGGUAGGAGACAUUCAUUUAAUUAGGUAAAAAACAAAGCAUUUUAAAUGAGAGAGAGAUGUUAGAAUCAACAAUUAAGAUGUUAAAUCAAACUUCGGUUUUGAAUGCUGAAAAUUUAUCUGCAUUUUCAAUGAAAUGUUAUUGAUCAUCAUUAAAUUUAGCAUUAACUUUAAAAUCACUUGGCCAAUUUGCAGAAGCUAUUACAUGGGCAGAUAAAGCUUUAAAUAUUGACCCAAAUCACAUUAAAUCAUUAUAUUGCAAAGGUGAUUUUAAUAUAAACAUUAGCUAAGUGCUUAUAUAUGCUCGACAAAUAUGAAGAAUCAUAAGAAUGGGUCGAAAAAGUUUUAAAAUAUGAUCCAAAUCAUGUUAAUGCGUUGCGAUGCAAAGGUGGAUAUGUUUAUGUCAUUUUUAAGGAGAAAGCUUAGUUUAAUAAGGACAAUAUUAAUAUGCCUUAACUUGGAUUAACAAGGCCUUAUAAAUUGAAUCCUAAGAUAGUAAUACUAUCUACUCAAAAGGUAAUUAAUNAUUAUUCCCUCUUGAUUAUUAAAAUGGAUUGGUAUUCAUAUAGCUAGAAUAACCCACAUAUUAAAGAGGCAGAUGUAAAUAUAAUUUCAUAUUUCGAAGAUUCCUAAUUAUUUUUCAUCUGAUCUAUUAUGCAUACCAUGCAUAAAUGCUGUUGAAAGAGGAAUUUAUUAUCACAUAGCUAUCAUUGAUUAUUUGUAAGAGUGGAAUGCCUAAAAAAUUAUUGAAAAGCACACUAAAAAAGCUAUUCAUGUAAAUAUAGCUUUAGAUACAUCUGCUCAGAAUCCAGAUGAUUAUGCUAAAAGAUUUAUAGAAAAAGUUGCAAAUGUAAUUAUAUGA